AUGCAGGUCGUCGUCGCGGGCGGCACGGCCGGCCUGAUUGCGCGCUUCAUCGUCGCCCCCCUCGACGUCGUCAAGAUCCGCCUCCAGCUGCAGUCCCACUCCCUCUCCGACCCCCUUCUCUUUUCUCGCCGCGACAUCCAGGGCGGGCCUGUGUACAAAGGCACCCUGCGCACCAUGCGUCACAUUUUACGGCACGAAGGCCUGGCGGGCCUCUGGAAGGGCAACGUCCCGGCCGAGCUGCUCUACGUGUGUUAUGGCGCUGUCCAGUUUACAGCCUACCGCGCGACCUCGGUCGCUCUCGACCGUGUGCAUGCCGCCGCCGGCACCGCGCCCUGGCCGCAUACCGACUCGUUUGUCUCCGGCGCCGCGGCCGGUGCGGCCGCUACGGCCGCCACGUACCCGCUCGAUCUGCUGCGCACCCGCUUUGCCGCCCAGGGGAGCGGGGCCGACCGCGUGUAUGCCAGCCUGCGCGGCGCCGUGCGCGACAUUGCGCGCGACGAGGGCGGCCGCGGCUUCUUCCGUGGCCUGGGCCCGGCCCUGAUCCAGAUUGCGCCGUACAUGGGCGCCUUCUUUGCGUGCUACGAGGGCCUCAAGCCCGUCGCCGGCCGCUUGGCGGGCCAUGUGGGCCAGAACAUCGGUGCCGGCGACGCCGCUGCCGGCGUGGUGGCGGCCGUGGCCGCCAAGACGUGUGUCUUCCCGCUCGACCUCGUGCGCAAACGCAUCCAAGUGCAGGGCCCGACGCGCAGCCGCUACGUGCACAAGAACAUUCCCGUGUACGACGGCAACGUCGUGCGGACGCUGCAGACCAUUUUGCGGGCCGAGGGUCUGCGCGGCUUGUACAGAGGCCUCACGGUCAGCCUGAUGAAGGCCGCUCCAGCCAAUGCGAUUACGAUGUGGACGUACGAGCGGGUGCUGCACCUUUUGGUCCGCCUCGACGGGGAGAAGAAACAGCCCUCCUCGACCGUCUCCCGCACCGCGUGCACCUUGUCGUCCGCGUACGUCUUGGUCACCUCCGCGUGCACCUUGGCAAAGCUCGCCGUCCGCUCCAGCGCCGCGCGUGUCCGCAGGUGCGCCUCCGCGACCGCCGGCACGCGCUGCUCGUACUUCCACGCCAGGUCGGCGCAGUUGCGCAUCGUCACGGGCAGCAGCGCCCACCCGGCGCCGACGCCAAACGCCAGGGGCACCGUCGCCCGCAGCAGAAUGUUGCUGCGCCGCGUCACAAUGCUGCCAGCCAUGCCCGCCACGAGCACGUACACGGCGCCCGGCAGCAGUCGCUCGCCGCUCUCGCGCGACGGCGCCAGCGACGCCAGCGUCUCCGUCAACGACCGCUCCAGGCCAAACAGCUGGUCGGCCGUGCGGUUGACGCCGUCCUCGGCCUUGCACGCUUGGCGGUACAGGAACAGACGGGCGCGGCCGAUCUGGCCGGCGAGGCGAUCGGUGGGCGUCGGGCCGCGGGGGCGGCGGACAGCCGUGGGGGGUUCCGACGCAGCGGACGAGAACGAGGGUAUUAUGGAGGAGGCGUCAGACGGUGAAGAGGACGAGGAGGUGUCGUCGGUCGAGGCAGGCGUCGGUGUCGACGUCAGCGUGGCCGACGUGGCCGGCGCGUCGUAG